CUUUGACAACCACUGACCAAACCACCGUGACAGACCUGUCUCCAAGUCAUACCUAUACUUUCACAGUGAGGGCAUAUGGGGCUGACAACAUGUCAUACAGCGAAACCAAACCAUUGACAGUAACAACCUACAUGGACCCAUACCCCAUCACCCUGAAGCAGUCGUACCCCAAUGCUCUAGAAAUAGAGUGGCUGAGUCCUUCUGACAACAGUGUUGCCCGUCACACCUUCUGGUACUCUACGAAAAAGGGUUCGGAAGGACGGACUACUCCGAUCAAAAUUACGAAGAACAACACGAAGUACACGGAGCUGAUCCCUCACCUGGACACCAACACCGAGUACACCUUCCAGAUCAGGACCAUGUACAAGACUCCACCCUUUUGGUUCUACUCCUGGCCAGGAAAUAACUCACUCACGUUUAAAACACUCAAACAAACCAGCAUAGUAGCUGCACCCUCAGACCUUGUAUUAAAUCCGGGCGACGUGGCUACAUUUGAAUGCGGGGCAACAACAGACUUGCGGACGACACUGAUGUAUAACUGGCUGCGCGACGCAGUCCCCAUUGAUGAAGCCGACAUGCCGGUGGUCGUAAAGGAAGGCAGCCUCACCAUCCUGAACGUCAGUAGUGAAGACACAGCUACCUACACCUGUGUGGCACACAAUGGGAUCGACAAUGACACAGCUUCUGCAAAACUGCAAGUCAGAGCUCCUCCAUCUGCUCCUGACAACGUGGUCAUAACGGCAUGCUAUGCUAAUUAUGCCAAUGUAGAAUGGUCAUUUGGCAAGACUCAGGAGAGCUUCUCUCCUCUCCUGGGUUUUAUCGUGGAAUAUAAUACGUCAUUCACACCCAAUGAGUGGAUAGUCGGUGCCAGGACCUCUUCUGACAGUCGCUCAACUCAGAUACAACUUUCUUCUUGGGUGACAUACAGUUUCCGUGUUAAGGCCUUCAACGUGAUUGGUGAAGGUGAACCAGGUGAUAUAUCUCCGAUUAAGUGUAGGACUCCUCAAAGUCGACCAGACCGGCAUCCACGGAAUGUCAAGACUGUUGGAGACCAGACCAACGUCUUGGUGGUUGAAUGGGAGACGAUGCCUCAGAUUGAACACAAUGGACCUCACUUCUUCUAUAGCAUUGAGGUAAAGGAGAAGGAUGGGGACAUCUUGAUGAACUUUGUGGAGCACGACUACUCUGUAGGCAGAAAGGAAAUACACACGGGCACGAUCUACAAACCAUAUAUAAUACAAGUAAAAUCACAGAACUCUAUGGGACGUCCAUUCCUUAAAGCCCAGGCUAUCACUGGGUAUUCUGGUGAAGGUGUACCAACUGUUGCUCCUACCAACUUUGAACUCGACAGUGAAAUGGACGUGACUGCAACAAGUGCAAGAUUUCGCUGGGAUCCCGUUAGCACCAGCGCUGAGGUGAUACGUGGAGAGUACAGAGGCUACAAGGUUCGCCACUGGAAGAGGAACCAGAAGGAGACAAGCCUCCGUGAGGUGUUUAUCCCGGACAGUACAGAAGCUAACAGUAAACAGAGGUUGAGACGAACAGGAAACAAAGUCUGGGUUGACGUCCACAGUUUGCCACCUUACUCCCAUGUUGAGGCUGAUGUUGUGGCUGUCAACACCUACUUCAGCUCUGAAGGCAGCAACAUCCUCCGCUUCUCAACAGCAGAAGGAGUGCCCUCUUCAGUAGAGUACGUAAAUGUAACUUACCGAGGCUCAGAAGAUAUCGAGCUGGAGUGGGGACAACCUGGGGAACCAAACGGUAUCGUCAUUGGCUACCGCGUCGGAUACAGGAAGGUUCAAGGUCUUCAUUAUGGUGAUCUGGAGAUCAGUGAGAUUAUUGCAGAGAGGCGCAUGUUGCUUGGAGGUCUAACCCCUGACACUUAUUACCGUGUGUACGUGUGGGGCUUGACACGGGUCGGGCGUGGCGAGGAGUACUACACUGACAUUCGAACGGCUGAAGAAACGCCAGCUCCCCCAUCUGCUCCUGACAACGUGGUCAUAACGGCAUGCUAUGCUAAUCGUGCCAAUGUAGAAUGGUCGUUUGAUAAGACUCAGGAGAACUUCUCUCCCCUCUUGGGAUUUAUCGUGGAAUACAAUACAUCAUUCACACCCAAUGAGUGGGCAGUCGGUGCCAGGACAUCUCCUAACAGUCGCUCAGCUCGGAUACAACUUUCUCCAUGGGGGUCAUACAGUUUCCGUGUUAAAGCUUUAAACGAGAUUGGUACAGGAGAACCAGGUGAUAUAUCUCCGGCUAAGUGUAGGACUCCUCCAAGUCGACCAGACCGACAUCCACGAAAUGUCAAGACUGUUGGAGACAAGACCAACUUCUUGGUGGUUGAAUGGGAGACGAUGCCUCAGAUUGAACACAAUGCUCCUGACUUCUCCUAUAGCAUUGAGGUGAAGGAGAAGGAUGGGGACAUCAUGAUGAACUUUGUGGAACACGACUACACUGUAAGCAGAAAGGAGAUAUACACGGGCACGAUCUACAAACCAUAUAUAAUACAAGUGAAAGCACGGAACUCUGUGGGACGUCCAUUCGUUCAAGCCCAGGCUAUCAUUGGGUAUUCUGGUGAAGGUGCACCAACUGUUCUUCCUACCAACUUUGAACUCGCCAGUGAAAGGAACGUGACUGCAACAAGUGCAAGAUUUCGCUGGGAUCCCGUUAGCACCAGCACUGAGGUGAUUCUUGGAGAGUACAGAGGCUACAAGAUUCGCCACUGGAAGAGGAACCAGAAGGAGGCAAGCCUCCGUGAGGUGUUUAUCCCGGACAGUACAGAAGCUAACAGUGAACAGAUGUUGAGACGAACAGGAAACAAAGUCUGGGUUGACGUCCACAAUUUGCCACCUUACUCCCAUAUUGAGGCUGAUGUUGUGGUUGUCAACACCUACUUCAAUUCUGAAGGCAGCAACAUCCUCCACUUCUCAACAGCAGAAGGACUGCCCUCUUCAGUAGAGGACGUCAAUAUAACUUACCGAGGCUCAGAAGACAUCGAGCUGGAGUGGGGACAACCCGGGGAACCAAACGGUAUCAUCAUUGGCUACCAGGUCGGCUAUAGGAAGGUUGAAGGUCUUGAGUUUGGUGAUCUGGAGAUCAGUAGGUUUGUGGCAAAGAGGCGCAUGACACUUAGAGGUCUGACCCCCGACACUGCGUACCGUGUGUACGUGUGGGGCAUGACACGUAUUGGGCGGGGUGAGGAGUUCUUCAUUGACAUUCGCACGGCUGAAGAAACGCCAGAAACAAUUGAGAUACAUACUGGACCACGUGACCUUGCAUUAGUUCAAGGCAAUGAGGCUGUAUUUACAUGUGGAGCAAGAGCUGGCCCACGGAAGACUGUGGAAUAUAAAUGGUUGCGCAAUGGAGUCCGUAUUGAGGAGGGCGAUCCUCAGGUUAAGAUUGAGGAAGGUAGCCUUACCAUCCUUAAUGUCACCAGUAGCGAUACAGCCAACUACACGUGUGUUGCAUACAGGGGCAUUAACAAUGCCACGGCCACUGCAAAACUUCAGGUUAGCGCUCACCCAGCUGCUCCUGACAACGUGGUCAUAACAGCAUGCUUUGCCAAUCAUGCCAAUGUAGAAUGGUCAUUUGACAAGACUCAAGAGAACGUCUCCCCUCUCCUGGGUUUUAUCGUGGAAUACAAUACAUCAUUCACACCCAAUGAGUGGAUAGUAGGUGCCAGGACCUCUUCUGACAGUCGCUCAACUCGGAUACAACUUUCGUCUUGGGCGAUAUACAGUUUCCGUGUAAAGGCCUUCAACAUGAUUGGUGAAGGUGAACCAGGUGAUAUAUCUCCGGCUAAGUGUAGGACUCCUCCAAGUCGACCAGACCGACAUCCACGGAAUGUCAAGACUGUUGGAGACAAGACCAACUUCUUGGUGGUUGAAUGGGAGACGAUGCCUCAGAUUGAACACAAUGCUCCUGACUUCUCCUAUAGCAUUGAGGUGAAGGAGAAGGAUGGAGACAUCUUGAUGAACUUUAUGGAACACGACUACACUGUAGGCAGAAAGGAGAUAUACACGGGCACCGUCUACAAACCAUAUAUAUAA